AAAUGAAAGUGGCGCUGUUUCUGAACACAACUUUUCUCUCCAGGCCGCAUUUUUCUUCUCGGACUGUCGACGUCAACGCGAGCUUCCUUGGCCACGACUCUUCAUGGGAAAUAGCAUUUGUGACAAUCUUCAGCAGAAGGACGUAAAGAUGACGUCAGUAGAUUACACUAUCGGAGGAGUGAAGGUUCAAUUCCCCUGCAAGGCUUAUCCUUCCCAGCUAGCCAUGAUGAACUCUAUCUUAAGGGGUUUGAACAACAGCCAGCACUGUUUACUGGAAAGUCCCACAGGAAGUGGCAAGAGUUUGGCUCUGCUCUGCUCGGCACUGGGAUGGCAGCGAGCGCAGCUUGAUAAAAUGCGAGGAGGAGGAGGAAAAUGUGAAGAAGAUUCUAGUAAAAGGUGCAGCGAUGACAAGCGGUCAAAGAUGAUGGAGACAUGUGACUGUGUCUGCCACUGCAAAGUCCCAGCUUCCUCCAAUGCAACACCAGAUGUUAUUGAUCUGACCGAGUCUCCUUGCAAAGACAUCAAUCUGCCUGCACCAUCACCAGCUGUUCCCAGGAAAAAGUGGGCUGACAUUUCUCAUCUUCACAUCACCGCUGACCAAGAUGAUUUCCAGCCAAAGAAGAAACGUAUUCGCACUGCUGAACAAAAGGGGGUGGUGUUUAUAGAAGAGACGCCACAGCUGGAAAGUUCUCAGAGUCUUCCCGUGACACCUAAAAGCCAUUCAGCUGAUUUGUUGUCUUCUUGCUCUGUGAGUACAUCUCCUGAAUGCUGCCAGUGUCCGUGUGCUGCAGCCAAAGGCAAAGUGAAAGAUGGCGACGGCACCAAGAAGGUCCCAAAGAUCUUCUUUGGCACACGCACACACAAACAGAUCACUCAGGUGGCCCACGAGCUGAGACGUUCUGCAUACUGCACCACUCCCAUGACCAUCUUGUCCAGCAGGGAACACACCUGUGUCAACGCCCAGGUGGCUCCUCACCCACACCGCAACGAACUCUGCAAGGAACUGAGAGAAGCCAAAGAUGGCAAGUCGUGCCGUUACCAUCAUGCAGUAAAGAAGAUGAGCCACCAGAGCGACCUGCAGUCACAUGGUCUACAAAAGGCCUGGGACAUCGAGGACUUGGUGUCCUUGGGCAAACGUCUUCGUGCUUGUCCUUACUACGCUGCUCGUGAACUCAUGCAGAGCUCCCACAUCAUCUUCUGUCCUUACAACUACCUCCUGGACCCCAUGAUCCGAGAGAGUAUGAGCAUCGACCUGGCGGGCCACAUCCUGGUGCUGGAUGAAGGCCACAACAUAGAGGACUGUGCCAGGGAGAGUGGCAGCUUCAUUCUGGACCACAAGACGUUGCUGCUGUGCAGAGAUGAGCUGGAUGUGAUGGUCAGCAGGAAGAUCCGAGUGUUGGAGCAUGUUCCUCUCAGAGACUUCUGCUGUGCCAUGGACAACUGGAUCCAGUCCAGCCAAGACCUUCUGGUGGAUCGAGGAUAUGAACAUGCAAGUAAAGUCUGGAGUGGAAAAGAUGUUCUAGGACUUUUUCACAGCCGAGGCAUCACUGUGGACACCUUCCGGAUCUUGCAGAAACAUCUGAUAGCUGUGCUGGAGAAGGAGGAGGUGGAGGUGUCGCUAGAUGGCACAGAGGACCGAGUGCAGUGUUCUACCAUCAGCUCUUCAGCAGCCACUGUCCUCAAAGGUCUCUUCAUGGUGCUGGACUUCCUCUACAGAGACAACUGCAGGUACUGUGAGGACUACAGAGUUGCCCUCCAGAAGAACUAUGCAUGGACCAACAAGGCCCCUCCCACCACUCAGGAUGUUUCUGGCUUCAUGAACAUUCCAAGUCACAAACAACGCAAGAAGAUCAAAGUGAAGACUGAAGUUGUGACCGUGAGCUUCUGGUGCCUCAACCCUGCUGUGGCUUUUUCCGACCUGAGUGGCAAAGUUCACAGCAUUGUUCUGACUUCAGGGACUCUGUCACCUAUGAGCUCCUUCUCCUCAGAACUGGGGGUGAAAUUUUCCAUCCAACUGGAGGCCAGUCACGUCAUCAACAGAUCUCAGGUGUGGGUUGGCACAGUGGGCGAGGGUCCUCAAGGCAGGAAACUGUGUGCCACCUUCCAACAUGCUGAGACCUUCAUCUUCCAAGAUGAAGUGGGUGCUCUGCUGCUGCAUGUCUGCCAGGUGGUCUCCAAGGGGGUCCUCUGCUUCUUCCCCUCCUACAAGAUGCUGGAUAAGAUGCGGGAUCGGUGGAUCACCACCGGAGCUUGGGAGAAACUAGAACAGCUGAAAACGGUGAUAACAGAACCUCGUGGUGGCGGGAAGGGUGAUUUUGAUGAGCUGCUUCAGAUCUACUACAGUGCCAUCAAAUGCAGCGAGGAAAGAGAUGGUGCUCUGCUGAUGGCUGUGUGUCGAGGAAAAGUCAGCGAAGGACUGGACUUCACUGACGACAACGCCAGAGCUGUGGUCACCAUCGGAAUUCCUUUCCCCAACAUCAAAGACCUCCAGGUUGAACUGAAGAUGAAGUACAACGACCAACACUGUAAGAGUCGAGGUCUUCUUCCUGGUCGUCACUGGUAUGAGAUUCAGGCCUACAGAGCUCUCAACCAAGCACUGGGAAGGUGUAUCCGACACAGGAAGGACUGGGGGGCUCUAAUCCUGGUGGACGACCGUUACCGUAGCAACCCCAGCAAGUACAUCACAGGUCUGUCCAAGUGGGUGCGCCAGCUGGUCCAGCAUCACGACUCCUUCCCUGGCGCCAUGCAGUCCCUGGCAGCCUUCUCUCAGGCACAGCACAGGUGGUCCUGUGUAGACCACCACACCUCCCCAGAGAACUGCUCAGGAACCAAGGAGUUGCCAAAGUUCUCAGACCUUCAUGGUCCACCUCACACACCUGUCCCAGCUGAGCAGGAAGCACCAGACAUGUUGUCUCCUCCAGAGAAGACUCUUCUUCUAGCAUCAGCUGAAGAAGCUCCUUUGGACCUUUGCCCUCUGACCUCACAUCCCAACCACCACAGCCUUGAAGACCACACACUCUUUUGUACCCCGGAACUGUUUGAAGAGCAGGCGGAGUGUGAAGGUCCCUCACUGGCUUUAGGAAGCCAGCAGUCAGAAGGUCUGAGAGGACCUCAGCUGGUCCAACGCACACCUUCAGCUGACGACAGCCUGAAGGAAGAAGAUCAGGAAUGUGAGGAGGAAGAACUUCUAGUGAGGAAGAAGAUCAGGAAUGUGAGGAGGAAGAACUUCUUGUGAGGAAGAAGAACUUCUAGUGAGGAGGAAGAACUUGUAGAUCCG